CACGCCUCCUUAAAAUCAAAUCCCUCCAUGUUUUAUAGGGCAGGCGCAUCUCAGAUCGGUAAAAUUCGGUGGUUUUAAUAUACAUAAACCAAACCUUUUUCUGUCUUCCUGUCAUGGGAAAUUUACAGUCAAAACAUGGCAAACGGAUAAAAGAGAACCGCUUCUCAGGAUACAAAUUGGUUGAAUUAACUCAAAAUCUGUAAGGCCGGCAUGAAAGGAGCUAAUCAGAGCGUUGUGAGGACCGUGAGCGCAAUCCUGCUUUGCAUAACAAUGGGUGGAGUUGUCUACUUGGCCAUUGAUAAAAACCUCCAAGCUUCCUUUACUCCAAUUCUUGCCAGCUCUUUCUCCAGAAUGCAGACACUGUUCCGCUCAGGGAAGGACAAUUCUGCAACAAAUCCAGAUAAUCCUUUUAAUUCAUCAGAUGUUACCGACGAACUAAAAGAAAGCCUUUCAAAAGCGGCAAACCAGGAGAAAACCGUUCUGAUCACGACUCUAAAUGCGGCGUGGGCGCAGAACAAUAGCAUGGUUGAUUUAUUCCUAAAAAGUUUCCACAUCGGUAAUGGAACAGAGGCGUUGUUGAAAAAUUUGUUGAUUGUUGCCGUAGAUGAGAAGGCGUUCAAUCGCUGCAGGGAAAUACAUCCGCAUUGUUAUCUGAUGAAAACUGAGGGAGUCGAUUUCUCGGGAGAAAAGCUUUACAUGAGUCAAGAUUAUUUGAAAAUGAUGUGGAGAAGGCUUCUCUUCUUCGGAGAGGUCUUGGAGCGAGGAUAUAACUUUCUUUUCUCGGAUGCUGAUAUUAUGUGGUUUCGAGACCCCUUCACAAAAUUCUCAUCCAAGGCAGACUUCCAAAUAGCAUCAGAUUAUUAUACAGGGGAACCAGAUGAUCUGCGCAAUUCACCUAAUGGAGGAUUCAUGUAUGUUCACUCCAAUGAAAAGACUGUAGAGUUUUUCAAGUUUUGGUAUAAAUCCAAGAAAGUUUAUCCCGGUAAAAAUGAGCAAGAUGUGUUGAACAUACUGAAAUGGAAGGAGUUCAGAAGCAGAGGACUUGAAGUCGAAUUCCUUGAUACUAGAUAUUUUGGCGGGUACUGUCAACGAACAAACGAUCUGGAUUUGGUCUGUACCAUGCAUGCCAACUGUUGCAAAGGUUUGAAGGCCAAGCUUAUUGAUUUGAGAAAUACUAUUUCCGACUGGGAGAAAUAUAAGCGACAAGAACAUCUAGGUAAAGGCAAGGACGUGCGCUGGACAUCUGCAGACGCAUGUCGUCAUUCUUGGAGCCGAUGAAACGUUUUCAACGGACUGUUGUAGCAUCAUCAUUCCUUUCUUCUGGACUAUUAUCUGCGCUCCUAAUUUAAAGCAAUUCAGGAAAAUCCUGAAUAGUUCCUGUGUGAUUAGCUUGAAAUCAUCUAAAUUAGAAGGAUAACUAAUGUCCCUGAAAUUCAGAGACAUCGUUCAACAUU